AUGAUUUCUCGCUUUCGUGGCCAGAAGGAGCCCAAGGUAGGCAUUACCGAAGAAGCUUCCUCUGUUGACGGUGGUACGCGCAUUGGCAGCACGACAUCUGAUGCUCCUGACGUUGAGAUCGAAGCCGUUGCGAAUGCCCAUCUCAAGACGUUCAACAAGCUCCACGAGUUCGAUCCCAAUCUACCAGAAGAUCUGCGACUGGCCGCCAACGCAGCUGCAGAGAACCAUGAUCUAAAGGACGAGCUUAAGCUCGAGCAGGAGGUCAGCGACAACUCUCCAUAUCCCGAGGUUCGAGCUGCGGUGCGCAAUUAUGAUGAAGGUGGUCCAGCAAACACUGUUCGCGCAUGGGUGAUAGGCAUGGUGUUGGUAACAAUCGCUUCUGGUCUCAACCAACUCUUCUUCCUGAGAUACCCAAAUUUCGCUCUCAGCUCUCUCAUCUGUCAAUUGGUCGCCUAUCCAAUCGGAUGCGCCUGGGCGAGAUGGUUGCCCGAAUGGGAAUUCAAUUGGUUUGGAUUAAGAUGGAAAUUAAACCCCGGUCCGUUCAACAUGAAAGAGCAUACAGUAAUCACAGUUAUGGCAAACUGCUCUUUGAGCGGUCCUGUUGCCUACUCUGUCGAUACUAUUAUUGCUCUGAAGGGGUUCUACAAGAAAGAUUUAGGCUGGGGCUUUAACCUUCUUCUCACGGUUUCCAACCAGGUCAUCGGCUAUGGACUUGCUGGUGUUUGUCGUCGAUUCCUCGUUUGGCCUGCUGCCAUGAUCUGGCCUACGAAUCUUGUGAGCACGUCUAUCUUCUACGCCUUACACGAUCACCGGAAAUCCGACCCUGAGAAGACCAGUGGCUGGAGCAUUGGCCGAUAUCGCUACUUCCUCUACGUCGUUCUAGGGUCUUUUGGCUGGCACUGGUUCCCAGAGCUUAUCGCUCCAUUUCUCAGUGUGUUUGCAUUCGUGACUUGGAUCAAACCAAACAGCCCAGUCAUCAACCAACUCUUCGGCGGCUCAUCAGGACUCUCUUUGAUUCCAAUUACUUUCGACUGGAACAUUGUCACUCAAUUCAUUCAGAGCCCACUGCAAUACCCGGUUUUUGCAAUGGUAAAUGUCGCCAUAAGCAUGAUUCUCUUCUUCUGGAUCAUCACCCCUGCGUUGCAUUUCUCCGGGACUUAUUAUGGCGAAUACCUCCCUAUCCUGGAUAACACCAUUCGCGACAAUACGGGGAAAGCCUACAACGUCACCAAAGUCCUGACACCGGAUCUUCGAUUUGACGCUGCGGCCUACAAAGAGUAUUCUCCUCUUUUCAUGUCUCAAGGAAAUAUAUGGUUCUAUUCCAUGUCAUUUGCAGCAAUUUCUGGGGUUCUAGUCCAUACUGCUUUAUACGAACGCAAAGCUAUUUGGGCGAGAUUCAAGGAUGCUCGUGUUGAGGAUGAGGAUAUACACAGAAGACUUAUGCGCAAAUACAAGGAAGUACCUGAGUGGUGGUACAUAGCGAUCUUCGUUGUAAUGUUUGCAGUUUCUAUCGUGGUUGUACAGGUAUGGGACACAGGGCUGCCCGUCUGGGCACUGAUCCUUGCCUACACGCUGCCAAUCAUAUUCAUGGUUCCCAUUGGCAUUGUCCAAGCCGUCACAAACUUCCAGAUCGGACUGAACAUCAUUACUGAACUGAUUGUCGGUUUCAUGCUCCCAGGUCGUCCCAUCGCAAUGAUGCUAUUCAAAGCUUACGGCUACGCUCCCAUGUAUCAAGGAUUACUAUUUACGGGAGAUCUAAAAUUGGGCCACUACAUGAAGGUGCCACCCCGCACUCUGAUGGCCGCACAAGGUGUAGCUACUUUCUGGGCGGCAAUAGUUAACGUCGCUGUCUUGGAAUGGGCCUUUAGCGCCAUCAAAAACAUCUGCGAUCCUGGAAAUACCAACAGUUACAUCUGCCCUGUCGGCCGCAGCGCCUUCAACUCCUCCGUCAUCUUCGGCGUCAUCGGGCCCCAACGUCUUUUCGGCAUGAACGGUCUCUACAAGAACUUCCUCUGGAUGUUCCUUGUUGGCGCCCUCACACCUUGCCUCUUCUACACCCUCACCCGCAUGUUCCCCAAGAGCAAAGUGCGCUAUCUCUCUACACCUCUCAUCUUCGGUGGCGUCCUUUUCAUUCCCCCAGCGACACCUUUGACCUAUAUGUCGUGGGUCAUCGUUGGCUUAACAUUCAACUAUUUCAUACGCCGCAAGUACACCGGAUGGUGGAACCAAUACAACUACCUCACUUCCGGCGGCUUGGAUCUCGGUCUUGCGCUCUGCUUGGUUGUUAUGUUCUUCGCGGUGUCGCUCCCCCAGAAAGCUUUCCCGGAUUGGUGGGGUACAACGGUUGUAGCCAAUACUCUUGAUAGUUUGGAUGCUGCUGUUCAGACGAAGCUUCCAAAAGGACAGACUUUUGGUCCGCCGAAGGGGAGUUGGUCGUAA